GGCUAAGCGAAGAGAGGGCACUUGGGGGUCUGGGAAGCUCUUAAAGAGGCAGCACUCCGUUAAUCCACCGUGCUUGAAAGCAACCCUUAAGCCUUGAUCGGAAUGCCAGCAUUGUUUGGGGUUCGUUUUUGUUUGGGGGGCUGGGGAUCUAGGAAUUCCCAGCAUCAAAGAUUGCUAUAUAUAUUUAGUGUUUCACAAUGAAAACCCUUCCCUUUGCUUUGCUGAAGCAGAAGGGUUGCCUUGAUCUCAGCGGCACCUCGGCAAAGCCACCAGCAGCUCUCCACUGUCCCACCCCGGAAUAAUUCACCCCGGGAGAUCUUCUCCGCCCAUUCCUGGUCCACGCCCCACAAACCGGAUUCGGGAGCGCUUCAGCUCCCAAAUCAGCGCCAGCCGCCGAACCAUCACCAGCGCCUCAAGAUCAAGAUAUUUCAGUUCCCUCGCAGUGAAAUCCCAGUUUCUUGCAGUUAUCUGAUCCUAUUAUUCAGCCCUGCCUCAGAAAUCCCUGCCAACUCCAGUCAAAGGGGAAGGAUGAAGCCCGAUGCAGAGCCUGAGCGCCCGCCGCUGGUUUACGUCCAGGGGGUUGGCAUGAUCAAGACAUUUGCUGAUGUCUUGGAAGAGGUGAAGGACUUCCAAGUUCAUCCGGGGGACUUGCUGAUCUCCACGUACCCGAAGUCUGGAACUACCUGGGUGAGCCAGGUCAUCGACCUGAUCUAUAAAGAAGGCAACGUGGAGAAAUGCAGCCACGAACCCAUCUACCAGCGAGUCCCUUUCUUGGAGUUUGCUGUUGAAGGAGUUCCCAAAGGCAUUGAUCUGCUCAGAAAAGCACCUCGGCCAUGUCUAAUUAAAACACAUCUUCCUGUCCAAUUGCUUCCAAAAUCAUUCUGGGAAACGGAUUGCAAGAUGAUCUACGUGGCCAGAAACGCCAAAGACGUGGCUGUCUCGUAUUAUUACUUCUACCAAAUGGCAAAAGUGCAUCCUGAUCCGGGAACGUGGGACGAAUUCCUGGAGAAGUUUAUGGCUGGAGACAUCUCUUUUGGAUCCUGGUACGACCAUGUCAAAGGCUGGUGGGACAAGAGGAAUGAACAUAAGAUGCUCUACCUUUUCUAUGAAGACUUGAAAGAGAAUCCUCAGCGGGAGAUCCGAAAAGUAAUGGAAUUCCUGGAGAGGCCCCCUGAUGACCGCCUGGUCGAGAAGAUUGCUCACCACACCUCCUUCAAAGAGAUGCAGAAGAACCAAAUGGCCAAUUACACAAGCAUCCCAGCCACGAUUAUGGACCACAGUAUCUCCCCUUUCAUGAGGAAAGGAAUCACUGGCGAUUGGAAGAACAAGUUCACAGUGGCUCAAAAUGAGCGCUUUGAUGCUGAUUACAAGAGGCAGAUGGAAGGAACGACCCUGCACUUCCGGACAGAAAUUUGAUCUGUCUGACUUCCCUUUUUGGAUUGUAAACUGUUUGGUGCCAGGAGAACACCCUGUGGAAGAUGCCACCAUGUGCCUUGAUGGUGUAAAGAUGAAGAUCAAGCCAAGAUGCCUUCAUGACCCCUUCAAGAAACAGCCAGUUUCCCAAAGUGCUGCUAUGUAGUUUUUCCAGCCACUGUGUAGCUUUGGAGCUGUCACUGCUUAUCAGGCUGUGUCUAGAACAACCACAAACUAAUGUUCAGCUCAAUUUAUAGCCCAGUAAGCUGUGAAUCCUUGACCUCCCUUCCUAGACAGCAGAUGCAGGAAGGCGUUCAAGAAAAUCUGGUUGCUACAUUCCAAACGGAACGUCUCUUUUUUUGCCUCUUUUUUUUUGUCUCUUCUCUCUCUGUCCUGCUUUGACCCUGGAGAGGCUUUUUAAAAAUAGAACGAUCUGGUCUCAAAGAAGCCCACUUUUUAUAGAAUUUUAGCAGAGACAUAUAUUUUGCAUUACUUAAGCAGAGUGCAUGACGUGCACUUAACAAAAGGUCCCAAAUCGUCAGGUUUAUACUCUGCUCAUAUCUCGUAUCCCCACCAUUAAUAAAUACUUUUAUUGAAAA